CUUGAGGGUCGAUAAUCGAUUCUUGUUUAUUUUGACGUUAGCAGAAACAAUAAUAUUUGUCCACGUCUAACAAAACUCGUUUUUUAUGUUGUUAUUAAAAAAAAUUAUUUUUUACGUACAAUUAAUAAAUUAUUUUAAAUAAUGUUACGAAGAAGAAAAAUCAAUUUUACUAAUGUUAAAAGUUUGGAUGCAUUUCCAAAAAUUGCCGAACAUUAUACUAAACAAUCGGCAGUGGGUGGUACUUUUUCAGUGAUAACAUUUUGCAUAAUUGUAUAUUUAAUUACUGCAGAAACAUGGUAUUUUCUUGAUAGUAAACUUAAAUUCAAAUUUGUACCUGAUACAGAAAUAAAUACAAAAUUAAAGAUAAAUAUUGAUAUAACGGUUGCAAUGCCAUGUGAUCGUAUUGGUGCCGAUAUAUUGGAUUCGACAAAUCAAAAUUUUCAUCACUUUGAAAAACUUAAAGAAGAAGAUACAUGGUGGGAUUUAUCUCAUGAGCAACGCUCUCAUUUUGAUGCGUUAAAAACAAUGAAUUUAUAUUUUCGUGAAGAAUAUCAUGCAAUACACGAUCUUCUAUGGAAAUCUAAUCAAAUUGCAUUGCUUAGCGAAAUGCCAAAACGAUCACACGAACCUAAUUAUCCUCCAGAUGCUUGUCGAAUUCAUGGAAGUUUAAGUAUUAAUAAAGUAUCAGGAAAUUUUCACAUAACAUCUGGAAAAUCAUUAUCAUUACCGGGUGGUCAUAUACAUAUUUCAGCAUUUGUCAGCGAGAAUGAAUAUAAUUUUACUCAUAGAAUUAAUAGAUUUUCAUUUGGUGAACCAAGUCCUGGUAUUAUUCAUCCAUUGGAGGGAGAAGAAAAAGUAACUAAUGAAAGUUCAAUAUUGUUUCAAUAUUUCAUAGAUGUUGUACCAACUGAUAUUGAUAUAUUAUUACGAAAAACAAAAACAUUUCAAUAUAGUGUAAAAGAUCAUGAAAGACCAAUUAAUCAUAAUAAAGGACAACAUGGAAUUCCUGGAAUAUUUUUUAAAUAUGACACAAGUGCUUUGAAAGUAAAAGUUUUUCAACAAAGAGAUUCAUUAUAUCAAUUUUUUAUAAAAUUGUGCGCUACUGUAGGUGGAAUUUAUGUAACAAGUGGUCUAAUUAAUAAUUUAGUGCAAUUAUUUUGGAAAACCAUUUUUUGCCAUCAAGAAGCGGAGCCAAAAGCUGUUAAAACAACAACAACAGCAACAAAUUCAAAAUCUCCGGAUUUAAAAAAAAAUUUACAAGACCCAUAUUAAGGCAUGCGCGCGUAGAUAUCCAUGCCCUUAAUAUUGAUCUAUAUUGUCCAAGCGCAUCGUGUGCCAGUAGGACAUAACAAACGAUGUUGAGAGGUGUGGCAUAAUUAUUUUAAAAAACUUGUACUUAUUUAAUAAUAAUAAUAAAG